AUGGAAACCACCAACAUCUCUUCUGGGGAUGCUGGCCGCCCUCGUCGCCCGCUGAAGCUGGUCUUUGGCAAGGAGAGGAGGACCGAGGUGGCCUCGUCUGAGCCCACCUCUGAGGCCCAAGGCGUCAUCACUGCGGCAACUCGGAUCAGCCGGACUGGUCGAGUCCUCAAAGCCCCGACUGCUUUUAUCCCGGCCCCCGCCGCUGCUGGCAGCGGUGGAAAACGCCGACGCGGUGGUAAGAAAGCCACCAGCAUCAAUUGUGCGGAGUGCGGACGGGGACAUAGUCCCAGUAACAACCCAAUCGUCCUCUGCGAUGGGUGCGAGUCUGCGUGGCACAAGCAUUGCCACAACCCGCAAAUUCCAAAUGGCGCCAUCCAGAACCUAGACACCGAAUGGAAGUGCAAUCAUUGCGAGCCUUCUCAACGCAGUGGCAUCAAGGCUAAGUUCGUGAAAGGCAAGCUCGUCAAGAUGAAGCUGGCCAAGGAUCCAAAGCCUGCCCACAAAGCUGAGCCCAAUUCAACAACAUCAGCCCGGAUCGAAGUUGCUGGCAACGACUUUACGGAUACCGAAAAGCGCGCCUGGCUUUCGGGCUUGUCUCAUUCUCUGCUCGUAGAAAUGCUCGUCGACAUUUCUAGCAAGAACCCAUCUUUGCCAAUCUUCCCUGCCAACAUGAAGGAGUUGCCCCUCUGCAAGUUUGCCGUUCCUUCGGCCAGGCCAUUAAGUGCCCAAUCUGCACCACCCUCUGAGAAGCGCACACAUGACGGGGCUACAGCUAUCGACAGCCGCCUUUCACGCACUCGUUCGAACUCAGCUGUGCCUGUUGCCACUCUUGACUCGAUGUCAUCGCCCAACCAACAAUGGUCAUCCAGCGAUACCGCCGACGAGAGCUUCCUCCCAACGAACAUGAGCGGCGGGCAAUUCACACAAGAUCCCGAGCAUUCUACCACGCCUGCUCUGUCUUCCGACGCCCCGAGUCCGUACGAGGCGGAGCUCUUGACCGACAGCGAGGGGGGCGACAUCCCAUUCGAUGAUCACCGCGUCUACCCCAAGCCGGGUAACGGCUUUGCUCUUUUGUCGGAUCCGGCAGAUCUCGACAUUCUCAGUGAGGAUCCUGAAACGAAAACCUUCAGUCAUGCUCUACAUGUGUCAGUCGCAAGGAGAGUCACCGGGAACUAG